CCAUGAAUGAAUGAGAAUGGUGAGAUAUUUGUAAUAACAUGAGGAUGAACUGGAACAACCUUUUACUGUUCUACACUUUCACGGGUCCACCAUCAUCAGAACUCGAGAGAUUCGCGCUUGUUAUGAUGAAGGACAUCGCAUCGCAUCAUCAUUUAUCAUCGUCGUCGUCGUCGUCAUCGUCAUCAUCAUUGCUCUCAAAGCACACAUCUUUCUUCGGCGUCGAGUUAUGGGUUCUGAUCAUCGCCGCUGGAGCCGCCGCCUCCCUCCUCGCGGCUGUGGUCGUGGUUCUCUCCCUCUGCCUCCUCCGCCACCGCCGCUGGCAAGAACCCUUCAGGAUAACGAAACCCAAGUUCUGUCUUCCCUUGAAACAGAGCGUUUCUCCGGACAGAGACGUGAAACCGAACUGCCGUGGCGGAGGUGUUCUCCACGACUCGUUCUCCUCGACUCAGAACCUGGUUCCCGGACGAUUCUCCUCGACCCGUUCUCACUCGUUCUCAACCGGAGGCUUUGGGAGCUUCAACGUGUUCACUUUCAUGGAGAUUCAGAGCAUGACAGAUGGAUUUUCAGACGAGAAUCUGAUCGCUAAGGGAGAUUCUGGGUUUGUGUAUCGUGGAAUUUUCAUGGGUGCAAUGGCCGUAUCCGUCAAGAGGCUUUCCUCCAAUGCUCAAAGGUCCGAAGCUGAAGAGUUCAUGGCAAGAGCCGAGAUGAUAGCUAACGUUAGACACAAGAAUGUCGCGAGACUACUCGGAUGCUGUAAUGAAGGGGCUGAGAGGGUUCUUGUGUAUGAAUACGUCGAGAAAGGUGAUCUACAACAAUGGCUUUACGGAUCAAGAGGAAGAGUUCAACCUCUGUCAUGGAGGAAACGGAUGAAUAUCAUUCAAGGAGUAGCAAAAGGACUGGCAUAUUUUCACGAGGAUAUCGAGCCGAGAAUCACUCACCGAGACAUGAAACCGAGCAAGAUCCUUCUUGAUUAUCAGUGGAACCCGAAGAUGCUCGGGGUCGGAUUCACCAGCAAUGUUCCGACAUUCUCAACAGCUGCGCCCUUGAGGAGUUCACCUGAUGCUCGGGAACUGAAGAACGAUGUCCAUUCUUUCGGGGUUCUGAUUAUGGAGAUUGUCUCCGGAAGAGUUCCAGUAGAUCAAGAUCUACCAAACGUAAGCACACAGGUUUAUUUGGUGGAUUGGAUAAAAGAGAUGGUGACAAAUCAUACCAUAGUGAAUGUCCUGGAUCCUAGGUUGCCAGAAUUUCCACCGGUGAAGGAGCUCAAACGUCUUAUACUGAUCGCCUUACGUUGUGUAGAUCCCGACGUAGAACAGAGACCGAAGAUGGGAGAUGUGAUUCACAUGCUCCAACCUCGUGAUUUGCUACUCAGCAAUGUAACAGAGAAACUUUGCCUUUGUUCCUUGUAGCCAAUCUCAUGGAUUUUGAACCGA